AUGUUGAACACACGAUUGACUACUCUGUGCUCGCGGGAACUGAUUGGGUCUCAGGUCUCGCACCAGCAACGACCCUUCGUUCGACACGCAUCCCGCUCUCUCUCGACUCUAGGAAACGCGAAGCGCAAUGCUUUCGGGCCAGUCAAAACAUUGACCACAGAAUUACCGUUGCGCUCAAGACCCUCCUAUAAUUACAGCGAAUUUACUCGCAAUGUGUCAACCGGACCGGGAGCCGCCGCCGAAACUUAUGUCGCAUACGGAAUGACCCAGAAACUUUUUGAGUCCUGCUCAAGCCAGGCAGAUUAUCAGGUUCCCCAAGCGACUCAAAAGGGCGUGGAUAUCCCUAAAACUGAGUCUGGUGAACACUUGGGUGUUAGUGAUAGCUGGUGGUACCGAGAGUUGGGUCUGCAGCCUACGUUCUCUACUUGGUCGCAAAUCACUUUCCUCCAUAUGUACCUUUUGACCGUUCGACUCCGUGCUCUCCCUACUCGUGACAGCGUCCAAACCUACUCCCGCCACCUUAUUGAUCAUUUCUCACACAAUGCUGAACACCGCAUGGAUGUCUUACAUGACCUGGGAAGCCGGUCUAUCCGCAAUAAAUAUCUAAAGGAUCUUUUCAUCCAAUGGCGUGGGAUUAUCGCCGCAUACGACGAGGGACUGGUCAAGGGCGACGCGGUGCUGGGCGCUGCCGUCUGGCGGAAUCUGUGGAAAGCCAACUCGACCGGCCCUGAUGGCAAUGAUAUUGAUUGGACCAAGGUCGCCUGGGUCGUUGCUUAUAUGCGCCGAGUUCUAUCGGAGCUUUCGAAGAUGCAGGAGGGUGAUAUGGUGUUUGCCCUGAGCCAAGGAAGUGCUCAGGAGUCGAGCAUUUUUGGUUAUUCUGCCAUUGACAAGAGAAUGGCUGGGGCAGGAAAAUAA